GGAACUUGUUAUGCCAGCUGUUAAGACGUCAUAACUUUAGUUUGUUUCCCACUUCCUCCUUCGUAAAUCUGUAAACAUUUAAAUUGCAACGGAGAAACAUGCGCCUCAAUAUGAGAUCAGUACCUAAAUACACGUCACUUAUUUAAAAACGUUUUGCGAACAGCAUUAGAUGACUGGUUAGCUCGCUGGCGAUAGCCGGAGAUGUCAACGACGCAGUGGGGAAGCGAGUCUGCGUUCGGAAGAAGCUUGAGACAGUUCAGGGACAGAUACUUUCUGCUUUCCCGAAACGCUGCGAGUAAAGACACCGAGGCACAAGACGAGGAUGCUGCUCCUGGAGUGUUGGAGAGUUUGCCGGCAGACAUUCAGUUUCACCUCAUGACGUUCUUGUCCCCCCGAGACUUGUGUCGGCUCGGGGGCACCUGUCGGUACUGGAGGUCAGUGGUUCGAGAUCCUUUGCUAUGGAGAUAUUUCUUCGCCCGGGACAUGCCGCUCUGGUCUUCCAUCGACCACACAUCCAUGCCGCGCGUGGAGGCGCUUGACGUGCCGCUGCACGAAGAUCCCGGCCAGGACUUUAUGGCAGAGUACCUGAAGAGCAGUCCGGCGUGCAGGCGGGCGUGCAGGCCCCAGAGGGCAGGCCACGGGGCGGUAGCCUCCUUCCUGCAGUCCCUGUACCUGUCCGCGGAGCCGCGGCUCCUCAUGUUCGGCCCAGGCCUGGAGCAGCUGGAGGUCUCGCUGAUGAACGUGCUGAUGCGCUCCCCGGACGUGCUGCCGGUCGCCGGGAUACCGCGGCGACAGAUCAACGGUGUUGGGUCUGGAGUUAGCUUCCUGUUCCGUGAUCAGCAUAAGUUCAACAUUAUGGUCCUGUACUCAAACAACAGUAGGGAGAGGGAGAGGGCGCGUCUGGAACAGCAGCACGGGCACAGCAGGCUAUUCGUCCGAGAGGAAGGUGGACAGACAGACAGCCCCGCCUACAGCAUCGCCCCCUUUGUACAGGAAGUGUGUCGUGCGGUCGACGGAUUCAUCUAUGUGGCAAACGCGGAAACCGGGAGGGGCGGCGGACUCGAGGUGGAGCGGGCCCAGUUCCGGGCCAUGCUGGACCCACUGUGGGGCCCGUUCUCCCGGCCGGUUCUGGUGCUGUCCUGUGUGUCCAGGGAGGGUCCAGACAGCACUGGAGGCAGGACCCCCUGCGUUCUCCUGGCCCAUCAGCUGGACCUGCAGCAGCUGAACAACCCCUGGAUGGUCCAGGACGCGGUGUGCGAGUCCCUCGCCGGGGUGAUGGAUGGCAUCGGGUGGCUGCUGGGGGCAUGCGGGCUGCGGCUGUAACCACGGCGACCAUGACCCCCCCAACGCAGGGGAAAAACUUUCACCCGUUCAGAGGACAUUCCUGAAUGUUAUAUAACACUCUGCCUGAUGUUAAUAUCCUUUAUCCGGAGACAUGAAGCUAAAAAUAUUUUGGAAAAAGGAAGGAAAACUGUGGCAGUAUAAAGGGGUGUGUCACUCAUUCAGAUUUUUUUGUUGCUUAAGAAUUUUUGUUUUUGCUUUGUUUUGGGGGUAUUUUUUUCUU